CGGGUCAUGGAAGCUCUGUCAAGUCUAUUUCGGAUAAGAGAACGAUGYCAAGAAACGGGCAGAAWUAUCUGAGAAACAGCAACAUCCGAAAUCCGAACACACUCGCAGAUGACAUCAGCCAAAAUCGGAGUCAUGAUGACUUUCCGSAAAGCCGUAGUAUGAAUGACGAGGAUUUUUACACAUCCCUUCGAAAAACGGGACAAAACAAUACACGGGGAGCCACAGCAUCUUCUAACCUAGAGCAGAACCUCGAAGAGUACACAARUUUGAAAGAAACGGCUCAAGGUGCUCGAGAAACGAAACGCUGUCUGGUUGAGUGGAAAAGAAAAAUUCAAUCUCUCGAGGAAAAUUUGAGAGAUCAAGACUAUGCGAUGCAAGACGUUAUUGCUGAAAAUAAAACACUCGAAAAAGAAGURCAAAUGCUCAUCAGAUCACAAGCCRUGAAAAAGGACAUUGAUAAGCACACAAUUCAACGCAACAAGCUGCGGAGGAAGGAAGUGCAACUGGGAAAGGCCCUCUUGGUAGCCAGGAAGGAAAAUGAUAAACUGCGCGAGGAGUUGGACUCUCGAAAUGACAAGAGCGAACCUUACGGUGGUGAUAGUAGAAGAAUCACCGCACUCAACCUGCGGAGAAACGAUAUCCAAUCAGAACGAGAUCUAUCGKCGGCCGAAAGGGAUAAAGAAGGUUUACUAGAGGAAGUAGUUUCUUGCGACGCUAAGUUUCAGCAAAUGGAGGAAAGAAAUCAAAAGCUCGAGGAGGAAAUAAAAACCCUACAUUCUGAGCUCGAAAUCAGCCGAAGAAUUGUGCACACAAAGAGGAGCCUUCUGCGGAAGGAAAUGUYGGAKGAAACUAGGCAGCAAAUGCAUGAUGAAAUCACAGAGAGAUUGACGAUCGAGUUGACGGAGAAAAUUUUCAAAGAUCUAGAAGAUAGAAUGGGAAAAGAGARAGAGAGAGAGUUGACGARAUUGAGAAAAAUAGAUGACCAAAAGGUGCGGGAUGUGCAACAUCAAGUCCCUGUUCUUGAAAAAGAAAUUGAUCGUUUGCGCGAAAAGAUACACCAUGCAGGACAAUAUCACGAAAGAACAAUUGCGGAGCUCGAGGCCCAUUACGAAAAGAAGACGGAAACCAUGAUAAAGAACUUUUCUGAAACUAGAGAUAAGGAAGAGUUGAAUUUUAUAAAACGAGUCGACGAGUUGUCAACCCAGAACGAGCGUAUGAUUGCGCGCUUUGAGGAAGAAAAAGAAGAGUACGGAUCUCAARUGCGAGAAGAAGUCAAAAAAGAGAUGCAAAAAGAAAUACAGUUCUUGGCUGAUCAAGUGACGGAUCUCACGAAAGACUCAAUCUUACUUAUCGAGAAGGCAGCCGAUGAGAAGGAAUUAAGUGAAAAGAGCAUUCGCGAGCAACUAGCAAAAGAAAGAGAUGAAAUGUUGGCGGAAGCCGUUAAAGAAAAGGAAGCGUACGCMGAAACUAUCCGCGACGAGACAAUAAAAGAAAAGGAUGAAGAAAUAAAWAAAAUGAAAGAAGAGUUAGAAAAUAUUGUAAGUGAAAGAGAUUCGUUGCUGGAACAAGUGGAAAAAAAUAAAGUUAAUGAAAAAUUGUCCGGUGAAAGACAGGAUGAACUAGAGAAGUGCAAUCUUCGAUUGGAAGARCUGGAAGCCACCAAAGACUCAUUACUGAAAGCAGUAGAUGAGYUCGAAGGAAAACUAGGGUCCGCAGACGAGAAAUACACAAUGAGUGUCAAAGAGCUCAGCGCUUCAAAAUCUGCACUAGAAUCUUCAAAGAAUGAGGUAAUCAAGCUGAAGAAAAAUAAACGGGAUUUGAACGCAAAAAUCGAUGAGUAUAAACAAGUCUGCGAGGAAAUGUCCAACGAAGUCAGGAAAAUUAAAGGGCAUUUUAAAUACGCUGUACUCAUAGAAUACGAGGAAAAGAUACUCGAUCUAGAGGAUGAGAUACGAACUCUUCAWGGGGUCGUUGAAGAAUCGAAGAUAUCGAAUUCGGAGAACGAAGAUAUAAUUUCGAACCAAUCUUUGCUGUUGGAGCAAUACAAGGCCCAGCAACAUGCACACGACGCCGAAAUAAAAAAGAAUAAAAUUGAACUCAAUUCUGCGAUUUCAGAGGUAGAGUCYAAGGAUUCAAGACUAGCGGAGUUGAAGAGCGUAAUCUUAAAAAAGGAAGCUGAAGGGAGUAAAAUGCUUCAAGUUGUCAAAGACCUUCGAAAGUCACUUAAUGCGCAAGAAAACGAAAUGAUUAUCAUGCAAAAUGAAAAAGAAAGAUUAAAACAACUGGAUAUGUCAAUMCGGCUAUAUAGAGAAAAGUUGACCUCGGUGAAUAGAGAACUCGCUCUACACAAGUCACGYCUCGAACAUUGCCGGUGCAGUGGAAGCUCUGAAAACCGGAGUGGCAGUUUCAAGAAGUUUGAGCACGAUCAUUACGAAUCAGUAGAAAGCCCUGAACAYUUGCGAGAAAGAAUAGCAAGAUUGAGCACGAUGCUCAAGAUGGCAGAAAAGAAUCAGCACAAAGAAAAGAUAAAUUUUGAAGCAUCAAAGGAGCAGUAUAGUAAAGAUAUACUAGCUUGCAAAAAUGAAAYUGAAGAACUGCGAUCAGAGGUGUCGAGGUUGAAAAAUCUUCUGGAUCAAGCUCAGAAUGACUUGAGAGCAGUAUUGGAAAAAGGACCAGGGGGAAUGCAGCUUGYAGACGAAAUGCAUAGAAUUCAAAAUGAUAGCAUUGCCUCAAGUGAAGUAUUGACGAGGAAGCUUGCCACGGCAAAGGAUGACUAUAACCGUACGGUGAAACAAAUGGAAGAACGAAUCCAAGSUUUGUCCGCUGAAAGAGAUACUGUUCUUCUCAAAUUAGAGACAGCAGAGAAGACAGCUUACGAUACAACCAACACCCAUAYGCAACAAAAGUCUGAAUACGUGAAUAGAAUUCAAGAACUUGAAGAUGAGUUGAAAACUUGCAAUGAGGACAAAACAAAAGUUGCAAUGGAGUUAAAAAAAUCUAAGUCAUUGUUUAAGGAAGCAAUCAUUUCUUGGCGAGUCGAAGCCAGAGACCUAAAGGGGGAACUCGACCAACUGAAAGAAUCGAAAGAUCAUGACGUCUCMAAMUUUAAGGACUCRAUGCCCAACGAUGUUGGGGCUGACGCCCGUUCUGAACUCAAAGGCGAAAACUUCAUCCUUCCGCGCCACACUCAAUCUCUUCGUGACGAGUCAGAACAACSAGACGACAACUCAAAUUCAUCACAAAUUAUCGAARAAGAUGGUGAUAGCARGUCUCUUUCAUUGGACGAUGAGCACUCUCCAAAUAUUUAUCCUCUUUUUAGUGUUAGCGAAGAAGGCGAUUCAGAGAUGGAAAUGAGCCAUCGCUCUUCCUCUGAAAUUCACGACAACAUUGAAGAGUCCAACUCCGACUUCCGAGACGACGAAUCCGAGCAGUACAAAGGKGACGAAGAGAGGACACCRUCGCGUUCAUUUACAAAAAUGUUGGAAAUUAGCGAGCACACCACUUCUAUUGAGAUGAGGUUCGAUAAUCUUGACAAACGAUUUAAAAGCGACAAUGAAUCGAGUGCCCAUAAAAGCUUAAAACUUUUCAAGGACGAAUUCAGUAGGUACCUUGAGGGAAUAAACUCUCCGGAUACUAUCGACAGGAGUACUGUAAAAUCAGUAAUCGGUGUAUCGAGGAAAUUUCCAGAGWGUAAGAUUUCUCGUGCGCCACAACCCCAUGAUGAUGGUGAUCGAGACGAAGAUCAAAAUAUGCGUGAUCCAUCGAUGUCUCUAUCCAUGCGAAAUAGUGCUUCGGAUGCAGACAAUCGUGACGACAGCGUUGGCACCAGAACAAGCAAAAGCGUCAGAGACAUAUCUAAUGUACAAUCGAGUGAUUCAUCGUUUUUACAGCAGGGCAAGAUUGAUAUCGAAAGCCGUGACAGUACGAGUAGUGAUCGGGRAAUUAGCGAUAUACGCARACUUCUACAACACCAAAUGAUGGAGCUGCGAGAAAUGAGUAUUCAAGAGAGAAAGGUGGCACARAUCAAAUCUAGGGAAGUCGUUACACCGCACCAGCAAACGGAGCAGGAAUAUAACGCAAAGGAAAUACCGAAUAAAUUAAUUCCGAACRCCUAUCAACAGCAGACCACGACCUUUCCGAGAUCCUCCGAGGUGCAUCCUGGGGUUGUUGGUGCCUCAUCAUCUCCGUUCGAUGAAGUUCCUGAAAGAAGAGAUACUUUGCCGUUCGAUGAAUAUAGCUUCAAGGAAUAAUCUGUUGAUGAUGUCUAUCUUCGAUCAAUUUUGAUAGAAUGCGUGGGAAGGGUGGGGGCUAGGGGGACUUCACUGUAGUAGAAGUUAUCAGAGACGAUAUAACUAUUCUCAGGGGGAUAAUAAAAUUGAACCAAAUYA